AUGCAUGUGGGUCAGCGGUCUUUGGAAGCGGCCAUUGAAUCGUCUUCGGCCGUGAGCCACCUCGUAGAAACCCUCAUCAGCCAAUAUAGCAGUCAUAAGAAUGAUGGAGAGCUUGGUGGAUUCGCGCGAGCGAUCGCCAACAGCGACAAAUUGAAAGGCAUCUUCAACAAGCAUGUGGAGCAAGUGGACACCGUGCUUCGCAAAGCGAAGCUGAACUACGCAGCACAACGCUUUGACACGAUUUUAGAAGUGAGCCAAUGUUUGGUGUUGAAUGUGCAACCAGUUCUCUGCACCUUGGCCGAGUGCCAGCUCCGUGACAAGAAACUCCGGCCGUGGGCCCAGAAGCUGACCGCUUGUUUGCAACCUGAGCAAUUGGUUUUGCUCGCUUUGGUCGCAGAAUUAGCUUCGGUAGCCGCGAGCUACAUACAUUCUUUCGACCAUCGUGAGCGUGGAAGCAUUUCUCACCUGGCACGUCUUGCGGCCAAGCGCCAUGAGUUGAAGCACCAUUGCAACAAGCUUUUUUACUUCCGUGCAGAAGAUGGAACUGCACAAGAACCGCUUUGUCUUUCCACGGCUUACACCGCAGGAUACAUGCAGUUACUCCAAGAAGGGUACGACCUCUGCGUGGCCAAGGCAGCCGUGCACGGGUCGAAGUUGUUGUGGUAUUCGGCGGGCGCUCGCGACCAGGAGCAUGUGGAGCAAAUGAUUGCCAAACAACUCGGUGUUAUCCAAGGCGUGGUGGCCAAUUUCUUGGCAGGCAUCGAGUCGCAGGACUUUGGCGUCAGCGAGGCGCUGCAGCCCUUCGAUGUAGACCACUGGGCCCAGCACGCCUCCGACAGCGCGCUGGAUGUGAUGAAGCCCUUGGCUGCUGUUGUGAGCGUGGUUCGGGACCUCGUCAAGCAGUUUCUCAUCGCCCGGCCCACUACGACCGUGCUACAGAAGUUAUUCGGCCGCAAUGAGUUCCAGGUAGCGCUGCUUCUUUGCAGCUUCGCGGGCACCGCGCAAAUCGAACAAAACUUCGCAGUCGUGGAGUUGCACUCAAAGGGCCGUAAAGCCGGCACGACAGUGGAACAUCUGAAGUCCGAGAGUAUGGUGCAAGUGCGAUUGGACGGCUUGGCCCCGCACGAUUUCAUCGUGGAAGACCAAUCGGACAUCCGUGAAGCAGCGAUUCUGAAACUUUCAGAAGAUGCCCUGUUGACACAGCACAAAUUCCUACAGCUGCAUGGCUCCGGGCGGAACGGCCGCAAAACGGACUUGCCACGGAGAAACGUUGCAAAACUGUUGGUGGCUCAGGAUUGUUCGGAAGCGGCACAAACUGUGCAGCCAGGGAAGGAAUCUCUCCAGUCCCUGAAGCGGAAGAGGCACCAGCAAAUCCGCACCAUCGAGCCGAGGCCGGGGCAGGAGGACAGCCGAUUGGAAGCUGCUGCUGCAGCUUCCCUGGGGCAUGCCACAGCCGAGACCAAGCAUGGCGUGCUUGCAAAAAAGCUGCAGCAGCUGGGCAGAUCAAAAAAAAAACUUUUCUCCGAAGAAAUCGGCGGUGAUGUCCGCGAGACAGCGCGGAAGUACGAGAAGGCAAAGGCCGCAGAGGCAGCCGUCCGGGAGGAGUUGGAAUCAUGGCAACGCAGCGGUUUCCGCUUGCAUUACUUGGACGCCACUCCAGCCGAUCGCAGCAGCGUAUUGGUCCUUGCGGAGCAGGAUGCAAAAGUUCGCGGCUUGGAGCAGCUUGGGGUCCGCGUCCUUCGAUGGACAGGGAGCGUUGCCGACAUGGAGAUGGCCUUGCAGGCAAAAUAUUUGAUAUGGUUGUCGACGUCUCCUGAUGCGGAGUCGGAGUUCGUGUUGCCGAAAACGGCGUCAGAGUGGAUAGCAGCUUCCAGGCUAUUGGGCGGUUACAUGGGGACAUCUUCCUGGCAACGGGAUUGCGAGCAAGCCGGCCAGAUUUUUUUGCCCAAAAUGCAUCUGCAGGGUCAACUCGCGCAGAAGUGCGAGGUCUUCGUACACAAGUCUGCGGGCGAGAAGCAGCUCCCAGUUGCGAAAGUGGUGGCCCGUUCUGUGGACGCGGCAAGCAGAGUUCUGCCUGGACUCUCAUGGGUCCUCCGGCGGAAGUGGAAACAUGUGAAGAGCAAGAAGGCGUUGGUCUUGGUCGAUCACACCUCCCUUGACAAGGUCCGCAAAAAAGCAGCAGCCAAACUCAAUAUUGGACACAGAGGACGGAUUGUGACGCCAGUCCAAUUGCUCAACGUGUGUACAGCUUGGACGCUUUGA